GCAGCAGCAGCAGCAGCAACAAGCUGGAGUUCAAAGUUAGCAGUAAAUUGCACAACUUCCAGCUCAUCGCUACGCUCGGUGACUAUUAACAAGCUGGAAGGAGCUCAGGGAAAAAAAAAUUAGGGGAGAAGGGAACACCCUCGAAUUGUUUGGGAAUCGCUGAUGUUAUGCCGCUGGGAUCAUGGCUCCUUUUGGAAGGAAUUUAUUAAAAACCCGACAUAAAAACAGGUCUCCCAGCAAGGACAUGGCUUCAAAUGAAAGAGAGAUUGUGGUUUGGGUUUGCCAGGAGGAGAAGAUUGUAUGUGGCCUGACAAAGCGCACAACUUGCUCAGAAGUGAUUCAAGCACUGCUUGAGGAACAUCAGAAAACAUUUGGUGAGAAAAAGAUCCUUUUUGGAAAACCUAGUGAUUACUGCAUCGUAGAAAAAUGGAGAGGCUCAGAGCGAGUACUGCCUCCUUUGACAAAGAUUCUGAGACUUUGGAAGGCCUGGGGGGAAGAGCAGUCUAAUUUGAAUUUUGUGUUGGUGAAGUCAGAUGCCUUCCUCUCGUUUCCAUUGUGGAAGACAGCUGAAGCCAAGGUAAUACAAAACGUAGAAAAACAGUGGGACCUCAGUCCAGCAAAUUACAUGAAGAUGUUGCCAAUAGACAAGCAAAAGAAAAUUGUGAGGAAGACUUUCCGGAAACUGGCCAAGCUUAAACAGGACAGUGUUCAGCAAGAGAGAGACAAUAUGGAGACACUGAUUCAUCUGAUAAUUUCUCAAGAUCAUACCAUUCAUCAACAAGUCCUUAGAAUGAAGGAACUGGAUAUGGAAAUUGAAAAAUGUGAAGCGAAAUUCCAUCUAGAUCGUGUGGCCAAUGAUGGAGAAAAUUAUGUACAGGACUCCUACUUAAUGAUCAAUCCAAGUGAGGCUGAGCAGCAAAGGAGUAGGCCAGAUGAUCAAAAAGAGAUGCAGGACUAUUUGAGCAAAAGUGAGGGCAUUUUACAGGUUGAAGAGAGACUGAAACAUCACAAACAAUUAAUAGAGAACCUGUGUGCUGAAAUUGAAAAAGAGGUACACGGUAUAUGCACGGAAAAAAUUGUAGAUGGUGUUCGCACAGAAGUAGCUGCUAAUGCUGAUUUGGAAAACUCAGAUUUGGAAAGUGUAAAAUACGAGCUGGAAAAAAGUAUGAAAGAUGGUCUAAGAAUCAACUCAUACCUGAGCUGCAUUCAGAAAGAACUUACAUACAGGGACUCACUGCUUCAAAAGAAGGAAAAAGAAUAUGAACUUCUUACAGAAGAAUUUAAUUUACUACAUGUUAAAGACAACAUUGAAACUAAGCUUCAGUCAAAUGAAGAGCCAUCCAAGGGCAGUGGCAUCUCCAGUAACAGCACUGCUGUUCCUGACUUUGUUCAUAGAGUGACUAAUCUGGACAUAAAUGAUACAGACUCUGACACUGGAAUAAGCUCUACACACAGUCAGGACUCUGAAAUAACUUCAGGAGACGUGGUACUGUUGUCAACAUAGUUGAAAACAGUAAUGCAUUUAGGAAAGGUUGUAUUUUGAGGAUAUUUAUAAGAAUUAGUAAACCUUUUUGUCUUAAAAGUUAAGCUCUUUAAGAUGUUAAAACUGUGGCACCGCUAUAGCAGCGUAAACACUGUCUAUUUAUGUCUUUAACAGUAUAUUUGUGCUGAAAUGUAUGGGCAGUAUCAUGAAUUUGCUGAUAGGUGCAAAGUUGUUGGCUCUGCUACAUCAAGACAGCCUGUUUAGAUCUUGUAAUAUUGAUACUCAGUGGAACAGGAGCAUUCUGACUGGCUUGGCCCAAAAGUUUGGAGAUUUGAUAUCCUUUGAUCUUUGAGUCCACUCCUGCAUCUAUCUAACUUUUUAGGAACAUGAAGUAGAGACUAGAGCAAACUAGACAGAGAGCUUUAUUUUCCGCUCUGUUACAUUAGCUUUAUUCAGAUGGAGUUUUGCUGCCAUGGAGCUGCUGUAAUGGAAUAUAUAAUUGAGCAUGUAAUUUGAUAAAAAUUAGUUUUCAUGAUAUAAGAAAUAUAAUUGUAUUUAUGUUGUAUUUUUAAAUUUAGUUUCAUCAGGAUAUUUUCAAAAACUCCUAAGUGCCAUUUUAAAAAUUACCUUACACACAUAGGUUUUUAAUUUUGAUUCUCUUUCAGCAGCACUUACCUGCUUUUAAGAUACUUAACCUCCCUACUUAUCUGCUGUUACCCUGUAGUUGUCCCAGUGAUGUUUAAGUCCACAUAGUUUCUGCCAGCAGGCAUGUCACAACUGCUUAUGUCCUGCUUGUGCGAGAUGCUCAAAUCCCAAACUCACGCUUAACCCCAGGGGCAUUUUCAGGAAGGCUUUCUCCUGCCUAUCUCACUGUUUGGAUCCAGUGUCUUAAGCCUCCUCAAAUAAUGACUACCAAAAAAAGCAUAACAGAAGCGACAAGCAGGGACUAGACAUUUUUGUCUUUGUCUAGACACGGUUUACCAAUAGGCAGCUAGUUACUAUUUUCACAUAGCAGGUAGGUUGUCAAAUUCCAUAUUAUAAUGUUUUGGAGCAGGAACCUGUAAAUCCUAUUUCCUCCGUGAGGACUAUGGGAUACAGCUAAAACUGAUCCACUUUAUGUAGCUAAUUCAAUAUUAGGCCCCAGAUAAAA